CAUCAUGAGAGGGAUAUGUCUUUGAAUCUCACACUAAUUCUUUCUUUUCUCUCAACCACCACCACCUCCUCCUCCUUUCUCAGCCUUUGAAAAGGAAUAAAGAAAAAAGUAAACUCCAUUAUAGUUCUCAUAGAUAUCAAAUUAAGCUAAGUAAUACUCCAAGCUAUAUUACAAUGGCCUUAAUUGGAUUGAUGGUGAGCAUAUUGUGUGUGAUUUUGGGGUUGAAAUGGUUACUUGGAAGUGUAAAUGUUUGGUACUAUGAAAAAUUAAAGUUAGGUGACAAGAAGAGUUUAUCAUUGCCACCAGGUGAUUUUGGUUGGCCUUUCAUUGGUACUAUGUGGUCCUUCCUCAGAGCUUUCAAGUCCAGCAAUCCUGAUUCUUUCAUCUCUUCCUUUGUUUCCAGAUUCGGACGAACAGGAAUGUACAAGACAUUGAUGUUUGGUAGUCCAAGUGUAAUUGUUACAACACCAGAAGCUUGCAGGAGAGUUUUAUCUGAUGAUGAAGCCUUCAAGCCUGGAUGGCCUACUUCUACAAUGAAACUCAUUGGGAAAAAAUCAUUUAUUGGCAUUUCAUAUGAAGAACACAAAUGGUUAAGGAAACUAACUGCAGCACCUGUAAACGGGCACGAGGCGUUGUCGAUGUACAUAAAAUAUAUUGAAGAAAAUGUAAUAUCAGCAUUGGAUAAAUGGGCAUCCAUGGGACAAAUUGAGUUCUUAACACAGCUGCGAAAGCUUACUUUUCGGAUUAUCAUGCACAUUUUUCUUAGCUCUGGAAGUGAACAGGUUAUGGAUGCCUUAGAAAGGGAAUACACAACUCUCAAUUAUGGUGUUAGAGCUAUGGCUAUCAAUUUGCCAGGAUUUGCUUAUCAUAAAGCACUCAAGGCGCGUAAAAAGCUUGUGGAAAUCUUCCAAUCGAUCGUGGAUGACAGAAGGGAAAGGAGGGAAAAAAGAGGGCCAGGAGAGAAGAAAGACAUGAUGGAUAUUCUAUUAGAAGUUGAGGAUGAGAAGGGAAGGAAAUUGAAUGAUGAGGAGAUUAUUGAUGUUUUGGUAAUGUAUCUUAAUGCUGGUCAUGAAUCUUCUGGUCAUAUUACAAUGUGGGCUACCUAUUUUCUUCAGAAACAUCCUGAAAUCUUCAAAAAAGCUAAGGCAGAGCAAGAGGCAAUUGUGAAAAACAGGCCAUCUGAUCAAAAGGGUGUGACACUCAAAGAAAUUAGGCAGAUGGACUACCUUUCAAAGGUGAUCGACGAAACGCUUCGUGUGGUUACCUUUUCCUUUGUAGUCUUCAGGGAAGCAAAGAAAGAUUUCAUGAUUAAUGGUUAUACCAUUCCCAAAGGAUGGAAAGUUCUGGUGUGGUUUAGGUCUGUUCAUUUGGAUCCUAAAAUCUAUGAUGAUCCAUUGGAGUUUAAUCCUUCUAGAUGGGAUGGACUUACACCAAAGGCAGGAACAUUCCUUCCUUUUGGAGCAGGAAGCAGAUUGUGCCCAGGAAAUGACCUUGCCAAGCUUGAAAUAUCUAUUUUUCUCCAUUAUUUUCUUCUUGAUUAUGAGCUUGAAAGGGAAAAUCCUUCCUGCCCCUUGAUGUAUUUGCCUCAUUGUAGGCCUAAAGACAACUGCUUGGGCAGAGUAAAAAGAGUCUUAUCAACUACAAAUGCAUAGGUCCAAUAUUGAACAAGAAAACCACAUUUCUCUCCCUCUUUGUUAUGUAGAAUUUUUGCUGGAUGUGGAAAACCACACCAGCAAAGCAAAUGCUUGGAAAUAGUUAGGAACCAAAAAUUAAAAAAAAGGAAGUCCAAAGAAAUUCAGUCAUUUUUCCUUUCUUCAACAUUUCUUGCUCAGUAGAAUUUUGUAUACAUUUUAGCAAGAAGAUCAUAUAGAUAGUGUACAUGAUCUUCCAUUUUGUUAAGAAUGAAUAAAUGCAGAAGAAAAGUUGGUUACAUUUGCUGGACU